UUAUAAUAUUACACAAAAAUAAAUAAAUACAAUUUAAACUAUUUUUGAUCAAAUAAAUGCAGCCUUUCUGAGCAGAGAAGACCUUUGACCCCAAACAUUGGACCGCUAGUGUCCCCUCUCAUCAUGAGCGUCUCCUCUGGAUAUCAUCUGGACGUUUCGGCUGUGUUUUCUCCCAGAGGUGUGGCCCGUGUGUGUCAGCUGACACUGGGCUGCACGAUCGUCUCAUUAGUGAUCCACAGCGCCGGUUACAGCGCCACCUAUGGGACCUUCUGCAUGGCGGUCUGGACGAGCUGCUUCGCCCUCAGUGCGGUGGUGCUGGUGCUGGAGGUGACCCGUCUGCAGACGAGUCUCCCGGUGUCCUGGGAGAACCUGACAGUGACGUUAGCAUCUCUUGCCACACUGCUGCUGCUCACAGCAUCUGUCGCAUAUCCUGCAUUCUUCGUGCGCGCUAACGACUGUCCAUACAACAACUGUGAGGUCAGAAACUUCCGGAUUGCUGUGAGCGUGUGCUCGUGGGUGGCAUGUAUUGCGUAUGGGACAGAGGUGUUCCUGUCACGAGCCAAAGCGGGACGCAGCGGGAGCUACAUGGCGACGACACCUGGCAUCCUGAAGGUGGCGCAGAUCUUCGUAGGAUGCGUUAUUUUCGCGUUGCUCACCGACAGGACAGAUUUCAAAUGGCACGCGGCGACGCUGUACUGCGCAGCGGUGUUCGGCGUGUGUUUGUCCGGGACCGUCCUGCUGGUGGCGCUGGUGGUGUCGGGGCGGAGCGCAGCGAUACGGAUCCUCCGGAUGCCGUUCGAGCGGCUCGCUGUGAUCUACACGUUCGCCGCGGUGCUGCUGUAUGUGAGCGCUGCGGUGCUUUGGCCCGUCUUCUGCUUCGACAGGAAGUAUGGCGCCCCGCUGCGGCCGCAGGGCUGCCCGAGGGGCAAGUGCUCAUGGGAUGUGAAGCUCGCCGUCGCUGUGAUGAGCUUCGUAAACCUCGCGCUUUACAUCGCAGACCUGGUCUGUUCCCACAGGAGCCGUCCAGCGGCGCAGCCAUCCCGGGUCUGAGCAUCAUGACACUGACGAUGAAACUGCCGGAUUACUGUAUACAUGAUAACAACAUGGAACAUCAAGUCUUGAUUAUCUUCUGAAAUAAGAGCACAAAGCAUUCCUGCAUUCUGCCUGGUUGACAUGAAUGUUGAUUAACAAACCCAUGGAAGCCCUGGAACUCAUGAGCGGUGUGCAGCAGCUGGAGGGGUUUUGUCCGUCAGCAGAUCUGAAUCUGAAUCUCCUGCAGGACGUGAGGCUGAAAGCAGCAAACUCAGCACAUCAGCGCUGCAUCUGCAGAUCCUCCUUCACGCCUUCAUCCUCAAACACUUCUCAUCCGUUUGUCAUCUAGGCACGGCUAUUAUUCAUCCGUCCUCGACAUUCGUCUUUCCUGGAAAACUAUAGAGGAGCAGGAGCAUCAAUGCUGUUGGGAGACGGAGAACAGUAAAACAUUCACAUCAGAUAAAACACUGAAUCACACUGCGUUUUACACACUCGUCUUGCACAAAAAGUACUAUUUAUUUUGCAUCAGGGUUAU